GUUCGAAUCAUGUUCGCGCAACUUUGAGUACAUGAAAACCAAUGCCAACGCCUUUGGAAGCCCGUGCUAUAGGCUUGGGAAGGUGUGCCAAAAGUACUCAGCACACUUCAGCCGCAGAUGUCCCCUUCAUCAAGGCCGCAUUGAAUUGCGGCUCCAAACUCCAUCCUGCAGUUGUUGACGAGGAUCCAGCCCAUCUUUGCAAGCAUGCUGCGACUUGUUUGUCCAUGCUGAGCGAAGCAAACAAAGCUGAUUUGCCAGGCUUAGAGGGCAUCCUUCAAGUCGGAAUCCUCCUGGAAGAGCGAGGAGAGAAGAGGUUGGCGUGGGAGGUGCUGUUUGGCUUAGUAAAGCAUUUCAGUGUGAAUUCCGAUGCUGCCCCAGAUGUGUACGCCCAUGCUGUUGCAAGAGCAAGUGCUUUGAGCAAAGUAGGUGCACACGUGGAUCUUGAGAGCAUCCCCGUGCUUUGUUUCAAUAUUCGAAAAUGCUUCUUGCAGGCGUUAAAAAAGAGGACGGUCUGCAAGAAGUCUCCAUCGGCAAGAAAACUUUUUGACUGGCUAGUUCAUGUGACUGCCCGACUGCCUCCUGAAGGGGCUCAUGCUGUCACGUGCUGGUGCGAAGUUCGGCAAGCGCUGCAAGAAGGUGGUCAACAGGUGUCGCACAUUUUCUUUGAUGGCAUUUCCGCUGAAGAGCAAACUCAGCUUUUGCGACUGAUUGGGCACCAUGCCAAGUUGGUACGACCUGAAGCUGCAGAGUUUGCGGCAGACGUGCUACAGAUCCUGGUGCCACAAGAUUUGCGGCAUCUGCAGCUACUGAAACCAAAUGAAGCCGCUGUUUGGUUGAAGACUUUGACUGCCACCGUGGAUGUUCUAAUUAAUUUGCCGACUUCACAGCCGAAGAGCUUACAAGUCCUUGAUUGGACAGACGACUAUCUCACCACUUUGAGCACGGCUUAUCCAGGAGACGAGGCAACCGAUAGCAUGCAACGUAUUUACUUGGCGCUGUUCCGUUCAAGACUGAGGGCCAUGGAGGCUUUCCGAAAGGCCAACAGUCAGAUUGAUCUUUCCCGUGCUGAUAUUUUCGAAGCCUGGAAGAAACAUAUUGUUUGGCAGUUUGGACACCUUGCUCACCAAUCGAGAGGUAAAUUUUCUGAUGGAGAAGAACUGCCCUCAAGUUUGCAGCCACUUUUUGGCCUUUGUGGGCUUCUGGAACGUACGGAACAGGCAAGAGCGCCUUGCGAUUGUGCGCCUCAAACUCUUGAACUUAUCAGGCUUCAACUACCUCCAGGUCCACUGUCCGCCCUGGUAGCUUUGCGCCAAUUGCAGAUGCAUUGCAGUAUGCUGAGCGGCCAGGUCGCUGAGGUCGCUGAGGUUGCCGGUUCGGCCAGUGUAGCAUCCUUUGGGCGUUUGGUGAUGUUCCUCAUCGCAGACCCGGACUUUCGAGCAGCUGUGGACUCUGUGGAGUGCUUUGCCUCGAGCGGAUCUCUCCUGGCCCUCCGUGCGCUACAUGUGCAGCUUGAGCGGUACAUCUCCCUUCUCAAAACCACACGCAGCUGGAGCCCCACAGAUGUGGGAACACUUCGAAUUUUGCAGGCUCAGGCAAGUGCUCAAUCGCUGCAAAUGGACCCACCGGAUCAAAUCUGUUUGCAGGACACUGCCCACUAUGCCUGCCUUGCUUUGGAUGAAUGGCAGAACUACCUUGGCCUGGAUGGGACCAUAGACAGGAGACCGAUGGAACUGGUCAGAGCUUUGCAGCCAGGCAGAGCGAUUGGACAUAGCAGCGUACUCCUUCGACAAUUGUUUGAUGCUGCAGGGCUAUUGGAGAUGCUGGACCUUCAUGGCCUGUCGGCCCGUUCUUGGGCUCUAAGUUUGGCCUGCGCAGUGUGCUCGUAUGGGUCGAAAGCACUUUGGUGGUGCACCGCUCGCUUGUUGGAAUUCCUUAUGAGGAGGAGAGCAGCGGGGGACCAUUUGCGCAUAUUUGCGCGUAUUGUGUGUGUAGCGCUGCUUUACCGCCUAGCGGCUGCAUGUGGGAGAGCUGCGACAGAUCACAGUGUGCAUUUUGAGGCGAAUGUUGCACUGGAAUGGUGGGAGUUUGCUGAGGUGGCCAGGGCAGCACUAGGCGAAGCACAAAGCAUGCCCGUGUUGGCCCAGCAAAUAUCUGCUCUCAGCGCGAUGCCAGAACGCACUGUGUGUUCAAUUUGGCAAUCAGGAGGCGACUCUGGAAGCCUUGGAAGCCUACCCAAACAAAUGACCAAAUGCGAUACUACGCUACGAGGACAACAAGAUAGCCUGAUGUUCGCCGAGGCAUUCUGGGCUGUUGCCAAGUGGUCUGCACAUUGGCAGGACAUUCGCCCUGGCCAGUGUGCAGGGGGAAGUACAAUCUCAGCCCAGAGUGCUGCUUUGCGAUCUCUCAAGCUCGUGUUCCACUGUCCGAAAGCUUUGCCUUUGCAGAAACCAGUUGCAGAGGACUUGCUGGUCCGCUGGCCUGCAGUCAGAUCUGGCCUGCUGCAGUUAAGAAUACUUUAUCAGGUGAGUCUUUUGUACCGCCACAUUGGCGAAUCGGAUCUUGCCGCAGCUUGUGCAGAGUGCGGUCUCAAGCUUAUGUCAAAGAAACUUUGUGGCGACAAUCGAUGGAAACUCAGAUUCCUUUGCAUGCAAGCAAGGUGCUCAACCUCCCGUUUGCUCAACAAUCCAAAGGAGAGCACUGUUCUCGGCAAAAUAGAAGAGCUGUGGAAUGACAGGAUCAAAGGACACCCUGCCGUGGCUUUGCUGCCAAAAAAGGAAUCAAUGCCUAUCACCGUGGACGAGGAGGAGAGCGCAACAAUGCCUUCAGAGCUUCUUGCUUUGUGGGUGGAUGCUUCUUUGUCGUGCGCAUCCAGACGAGCGUCUUUGUUGAGAUGGUUACUAAAGGUCAGUGGAACAGCUCCAGAGAGUGGAACACUUGUGUUCUUGACACAGCUGCAGAUGGAAAACUCAGAUGGUGCAGAAAGUAUGCAACAUGUUUUCCGGGAAGUUGGUCGCUAUCCACCGAAUUCUCCAAAACCACGUCCGCUUUUUCAAGCCUUGGCGGUGAUCUCAAAAGCGGCACUCAACAAUUCCAAGAAAGACAACGGCGCUGAGACCACAGAGUUCCUAAAAGGAUCGCUUUGCGCAGCAGUGUUGGAAUUAGAGCGGUGUUGCACAGCACUGGCUUCUCCAGCAUUACUGACAGAUGAGGUGAGAGAGUUGCGCUCCUUUGACACUUUGCUUCUGAGCGUUUUUGCUUUAAGAGGUGCGGUUUUCACUGGCGACAGCGCUGCGGCAAGCCAAAGCGCUCAUCUCCUACUUGAUGCUGCAAACGUGCCACAAAGAGACUUGAUGGAUGCUCCAGAGGAACAAACAGUUUCUCGUUCCCGCAGCCCACGCCGCGGACAUGGCUUAGUUGCCUUUGCAAGGGCCAGGUGGCAGCUUUGCAAGCAGGUUGUCCCAUUUUGUUCUGGCGCUUCACUAAUUUUUCUUGCAGAGCUCCGUGCAAAGCAGAGGAGGCUUGAGAAGCUCAGUGACCAGUGUGCACUUGGAUGCUUACUGGAUCAUUCACAGCUGCAAUCCAGUCACUCUGUGCCUAUUGAAGACCUGUGCAGUGGCAACUGGAUGUCGCAGCUUACCCCGGAUAUGUCACUUGCAUGGCUCCAGGUAGAUUGGAGAAGCCAAUCCCUCCAAAUUACUCGCUCCUUGGACGCUGGUUGUGGUUUGCCAGCUCAUUCAAAAGUCCUAUCUCAGCGGGUUGAAGUGCCUUCCCAACUUCUACACAGCCUUCGGGAGGAUUUGCAAAGCCUUCACGAGCUGAACAGCAAGAAGAUAAGGGAGCUUUGGCAGCGGGAGGACAAGCGCUCUGAGGCCGUGCGGCUAGAAUUCUGGCAAAGUCGCAAGAGCUUUGACGGGCAGCUUGGAAGGGUGGCUGAAAGGAUUCAAAAGGAAGUUCUCCGGUCUGAGCGCUAUUUGUUGGCUCCGUGGCCACAGAGUGAAGCAACCAGACAACGGCUUUUGGACGCUCUGCGUGCAUGGCUGAAUGAAGCUGAACAGCUAGCCAAAGCGGCUAACAGGAAUUUACGCCAACAGGAGCCUGAUCCUCAACAUUUCUUUCUGCUGGCACUUCUGUUCAUCGACUGCGAGCAUUUGGAGGUCUCUCAAUUGGUCUCUAUUUUGGGCGACCUUGUGGAUGGCAGCAAGUCCAUUUUGAGACGAUUGGCGUAUUCCAUGCGAAGGUGCCGCUCGGAGUUGCAAGCGCUUUUCAAAGAACCUCCUGAGGCUCCCUUGUUGCUGUAUGUCGACGCCAGCAUGGCUCAACUGCCGCUGGAGGCUUGCCCUUCUUUGAGGCAUCGAAAUGUUGUCCGUGGGCUAGCUCCGAACAUAACGCUCGCCGCCCUUUCUUCUAGUGAACCAACAAGUACCACGGGCUUCUUUGUGAUUGACCCGGCUGAAGACUGUGCAGCCAUGGUGGAUGUCAGACAACUGCUGACCUCUUGGACAGAUGGUCAGGCCUGGCAUGGUCAUACUGGGCGCCUUCCAGAACCUGCAAGAGUAUUGGAAGAACUUUGCAAAAAAGAUAUUUUUGUGUAUCUAGGCCACGGAGAGAAAGCAAGGCACCUUCUGCGCCAAGAGACGCUGCAAGUUGCUGGUUCGUCGGAAAAAAACUCUCCAGCAUGCCAAGCCGGCCUUCGCUCGAUUUUGAUGCUCCUGGGGUGUUCUAGCGUCAAGAUUCAAAAUGCCUCCACCUUUUCACAGGAUGAGUCUUUUGGCCUGGUGAGCAGUGCUUUGCUUGGCGGUGCUCCUUUGGUUCUGGGAGCGCAAUGGGAUGUGCUGGGCGGAGAUCUUGACAAGCUCGCCAGCAGGCUGCUGCAGAGAUGGCUGAAGGAAGGCAAGCCUACUCGAUGCGGAGGCCUUCUUGCUGCCUUGAAAACGCUGCGGCCAAACUGCUUGUUGCCGAAUUUGACUGGGGCCGCUCUGGUUUGCUAUGGAAUUCCAGUUUAAUCGCUGCAUGUGGCUGGCGCACGUGGCUGGAUCAAGGAAGUUUUCAGAGGGUUCUGAGUAGGUCAAAGCUUUUUGGGCAUCACAAGAUGGCAAGAACCAGUAGAACUGCAAAGCAGUUCGGCUGCACAAUUCAAUCACAAUUCGAUAUGGUGCAUGAAGUGCUUGUUUUUUAUUUGCAAAUUUGAAUUGCUCAAAGGGGGUUG